GUUCUGGAAGGCUUUGGAGCAGAGGACUUCAAAUCUCUGACCGCGGUUCUGAAGGCGAAGUCCUGGUUCAACCUGCUCGCAGCAGUGUUGGACCCUUUCAAUUUUCAUGGAGGAUAUCGACAUUAUCGGCAAGCGCGACGAAACUCUUCCAGCUUUGUUUGUGCAGAAAUCCAUCGGAAGCCGUGCUAGCCUUGUUCUACUCUUUGGAGAUGCCUUUGAUGCGCGGGCACAGAUCUCGAGCGAAGCAUCGGCAAGCCGGGAUAUGUCAAAGCAGUGGGUCGGAUUUGGCAUUGGAAGCGCCGGGUGGGCGGUCGCACGAGGGAGAUGACGAUCAAGCAGAUUCGGCUGUACAUGGAGCAGCCAGAGCCCCGCAACAUAAUCACCGGAGAGGCACUCGGAUUUUAUGCAAUCGCUGA